AUGUUAGUGGAUUAUAGUGAUGAUGAGCAAUAGAUCAUGGACAACAAGCCAAAGUCUAUAUUGGUGAAUCCUGAGGUUGAUUGUUCACAUCUGGUAAAGAAGAAGGAGGAGGAGAAAGCACUUGAAUUAUCAAAAACAUAUAAUUUCCUUGGAUAGAAAAAGAAUCAUUUAACAGGAAAUGUAGAAUCAAUAUAUUACAAUGAUGCAGUGUUUGAAGAGUAAUUUCAUAAAUUCAAUGUGUAUGGUUUUGCAGUUGAUCCCAAUGAAAGGAAUAGAAGAGUGAUAGCAUGUAAUUAAAAAUAAGAGCAAUUAUCUAGUUUAAUGAAAGAAGGUUAUGAUGUAGAUGCAGCAGAUCCACUUUUUAGUAAAAAUGUACUUGCAGGUAUGCACAAAGAAGACAAAUUGAAAUAAUAAGAAUUAAAAUGUAAUAGAGUGAAGGCUAAUGAUCCAUCCAAAGGAGAGUUUAUGGGACCUUGGGCAGGACAAUAGGAUGAAUAAUUUGAAAACAUAUAAAUGAAUGAAGAAUAAUAAUAAUUGUUAGAUCAAUUGGAAGAAUAGAGAAAAUAAAAAAUAGAUGAAUCAAAAAAAUAAGAAGAAAACUUUGUGCCUUAUAUGGAAUAACAUGUAAGUUAAACAGAGUAAUUUGGAGGAAGAUAAUUCAUUGCACCUCCACCUGAAUUAAAAUAUGUUGAUCACACAUGUUAUAUCCCAAAAAGAUGCAUCUAAACAUUUCAUGGUCACACUAAGGGUGUAUAAGUAAUUAAAUUCUUUCCCAAAUUUGGUCAUCUCAUGUUGAGUGGUAGUUUAGACAAUAAAAUUAAGAUGUGGGAUAUUAUUGGUAACAAAUAAUGUGUUAGAACAUAUUAUGGUCAUUAAGGAGCACUAAGAGAUCUCAACUUCUCCAAUGAUGGUAGGACAUUUUUGUCAGCUGCCUAUGAUAAGAAGAUUCUAGUUUGGGAUACAGAAUAUGGCAAAGUCACUCAAACAAUUAAUCUAUAACAUUUCCCUUAUUGUGUAAGACUAAAUCCAGAUCCAGCUAAACAACAUUCAUUUUUGUUAGGAUCAUCAGAUAAAAGAAUAAAAUAGUUUGAUAUCAGAAGUGGACAAUAAACAUUAGUAUAUGAUGAACAUUUACAAGCCAUUAACACAAUCACAUAUUUUAAUUAAAAUAGAAAAUUUGUUUCCAGUUCAGAUGACAAAAAACUAUUCAUCUGGGAAUUUGGCAUCCCUGUUGUUAUAAAACAUAUCAGUGAUCCUGAAAUGCAUGCAGUAACUGCUACUGCUGUUAAUCCAUCUGGACUUAAUUGGGUUGGAUAGUAAAGUAAUAAUUUGAUCAUUGUUUAUGACACCAAAGCUGGAAAUUUCAGAAUGAAUAGAAAGAAGAACUUUAAAGGACAUGUUUCUGCAGGAUAUGCAUGUGGUGUUACAUUUUCAGCAGACGGGCAAUUCUUAGCCUCUGGUGACUCAGAAGGUAGAGUCUUUUUUUGGGAUUGGAAAACAGCUAAAAGCUAUAGAACUAUCUAAGCUCAUGAUAAUGUAUGCAUCGGUGUUGAAUGGCAUCCUAUUGAACCAAGCAAGGUUGUUACUUGUGGAUGGGAUGGAGUACUUAAAUUAUGGGAUUGAUUAUCAGUUUUAAAUUAAUGUUGAUAUAUAGUCACCAAUAAUAAUAAUUG